AUGGCCAACUCGUCGCAGUGGCUGGAGGAGGGCGCGGGGCGCUGGCCGCCGCCGGCCGGGCCGUACAGCGAGGCGCAGCGCCUGGCGCUGGAGGAGCUGGUGGCGGGCGGCCCCGAGGCGCUGCGGGCUUUCCUGCGGCGGGAGCGGCUGCCCCCGUUCCUGUCGGAGCCCGAGGUGCAGGACAUCGCGCGGGCCGCGCUGCCGCCCGCCGCGGGCCCGGAGCCGGCGGCACAGUCCUCGCCCGGCGCCUCGCUCGACGCCUCCUCGCUCACCUACUUCCCCGAGCGCUCGGACCUGGAGCCGCCGGCGCUGGAGCUGGGCUGGCCGGGCUUCGCCAGCGGCGCCUUCCGCGGGCUGACGCGGGUGGAGGCGCAUUUCCAGCCCGGCUACGGGGACAGCGGCAGCAUCUACGGCUGCAAGGAGGCGGUGCGGCGGCAGAUCCGCUCCGCCCGGCAGGUGAUUGCUCUCGUGAUGGAUUCCUUCACAGAUAUUGAUAUCUUCACUGACCUGCAGGAUGCUUGUAACAACCACAAAGUCCCUGUCUAUAUCCUCCUCGACCAGGAAUUUCUACCCCACUUCUUGGAAAUGUGCAACAAUUUGGGAGUUUGUCCUGAGCAGGAAAGUCUGAUGAGAGUUCGGACUCUCACAGGGAACAUUUACUACCUGAGGUCAGGUGCCAAAAUUGUUGGGAAAGCCAAGGAGAAGUUCAUGUUAAUUGAUGGCAUUAGAGUGACAACAGGCUCAUACAGUUUCACAUGGUCUGAUGGGAAGCUGAACAGCAGUAACUUGCUGGUGUUGUCAGGCCAAGUGGUUGAACACUUUGACCUGCAAUUCAGGAUUCUUUAUGCCCAGUCGCUGCCCAUCAGCCCUAAGGGUCCAUCCAGCUGCAGGAACAGUGGGAUGUUUGAUCACCUGGUGACCAGACCAGAGUCCUCUAAAAAAUAUACUGUGGAAGGCAACCUGAGAGCAGAAUUUGCCAGACUGUCUAGCACUCCAAAGAAAUUGUUGGAAGAACUAGAUCAGGCUGAAGAUAGCCGUGGAGGAAAACCUUGUAAUCUGGGGCAUUCUUGCCUCUGUGAAGAGGAGUCAUUCAGCAAUCAGGUGACCAUGGCGGAACGGAAAAGCUCAUCGACUCAAACUGACCCAUGGGACAAGACAGCUGCUGUGAACACCUGUAAUGCUGCCACACAGACCAGUGCUGCCAUGGCAGAAACUGGCACUCAGGCUUCUGUCACUGCAAGAGCAACGGGCACUCAGACGUCAGUUUUGCUGAAAACUGCAGUGACACAGACAAAGGAAGAGGAAGGCACAGAAACACCCCUACUUCAUAGAAAGCUGUCAAAAGAAGAAUAUUCUCUGACUGGAAAUGCUGUAUCAAACUCUAGUCUGCGAUCACUGUCUUCAUCAUCGUCCCAGUGCUCUCUUGGAAGCUCGACAGGCUCACUGUCUUCUCUCCGGUCCUUUGAAUAUUCCAGCAGUCACAGGGCACAAUAUUUCCAAAAACUGCAUAAAGAGAGACAAUUCCACUACUCCACAAUCAGGUCGAAGCUGAGCCACAUGGUGGAUAUCCUCUCCCGGAGGAGCCGUGUGCCUGAGAGCUACAUGACCCAGUACACUGGCAGAUGCAACCUAAAGCAGAGGCGGGACAUGAGUGCCAGCCUGCGCAGCCUCCGGGAUGUCUCACUCUUCUCCCUGAAUAAAUGAUUGCUGUGCUGGCCAUAGAGCACACAAGCUCCACUCUCAAGUUGCAGUCACUUUGUACCUGCUGAUUCUUCCACUUCUGUCCAGCAGUUUUACUUUUUUUAAUACGCGCGUACAUCACUCCCCAGCACUUUGUUUCAUACUAUGCAAUGUAAGUGAUAAAAAAGAGGUAUUGUACGGUAACUACUUACAUGUUCAUCUUGUAUGCAUUAGCAGUGAAGAUCAUUUUAAUUCCAGAUGCUUAGCCUGAAAAAUAAACUUGUUACUGCUUUCUAGGAUUGCUAAUGCUCUGACUUUAAUUUAUGUGAACUUGGAAAAUCUUGAGUCAGACUGAGCUUGCUCAGAGUGGCUUUGGAGAUUUAGCUUACAUCAAGGUACACUCGAAUUUUUUUUUCUUCUUAAUAUUGGCUUUUAUUUCUACUUUAUAUUUGGCACGAAGGGAAACAACUUUUAUAAAGAGCUAUAAAGCUAAUUUUAUUCCAAGUCUGACUUCCACUUACUCUUCCACUAAAGUUGUGAAGGGUCUAUUGGAGCAGUUCCAUGUUCUUAUCUUCAGCUAUACCCUUUUUUCAUUGUUUUAGCCUUCUGAAACAGACUGAGCUAAAUAGCUCUUUGGUUUGAUCAUCCUCUUGUGCUUUUGUGUAGAUACAUAUAUAUUUAUGCAUAUUUUUACACAUCCUCAGACUAGCAUCCUUUUAAAAUCAAAACCAGACUAGGAAGUAGCAGGUUAGCGCUCUACUCUGUACCCAUUUUAGAUACAGUACUGAUGUAAUUGUUUCCAGUAUUUGGAACUAAAAGCUAGUGAUAUUGGACCUGUAGGACUUUUAAUGGGAAUGUAUGGCUGAAGUGUUGGGUUUUUAUGCUUGUGAGCGGGAGAUGAAGUACUAUCUGGAGCUCAGUGUCUUACUGCAGCCUAUCUGUUGUACUUCUCUUAUGGGAUGACUUCAAAGAACUUUGUGUCUUGUGCAACUUGUUACAUAGAAUUAAGCUUUAAUAAUUAAUUACACUUUUAGUCUUAGCACUGUAAAAUGAAAUUCUAAUUCUGGCUUGGUCUAGAAAUGUCUGAACCAUCUUACAUCUGUUAGGAAACCUGUAAAGGGCUUCCUUCUUCGUAGUGAACUUGGAGGCAAGACAAUCAUCAAGGGCAUGUGACAAAGCCCCUGUUCAAAAGUAAACUGACAAAUGCACUACAAAAUGUUAUGGGUUAUGUUGGGUAAUAUUAUUGUAAAAGUAACUGUAAGAAUGAAAAAAAUAAACAUUUUUCUCUUUUUAA